CACUGAUCUAUGGCGACUGUCGUUUUUCCCAAAUGUCAAAAUCCCAAAUCGCCAAAAUACGUCAAAGUCAAAGAUUGUUGUUGAAAUUCAUCAAAAAAACGUAGAUGAAAAUUGGAAAUGUUUUAAUGUUUUUCACUGUGAUUAUUCGUCGUUUUUCCAGGAAUAUCUUCUCGCUACCUUAUAGCUAUAAAACGGAUUUGUUUCAUAUAAAGUAGGUUUGAUGUUUCUAGAAUAUGCAUUAGGAACCCAAGUUGUUACAAACUGGGCUAACCACCUUUAAAAUAUCGUUAUUAUUGCAGAUGACAUGAAUUUCACAACCCCAGAGUAUAUUAUUAAUAGACAGAGGUGUCAGCAAUGGGUGCCUUUGAUUACACAACAGUAUCGAUUACGACAUGUGUACCAAAUUAUGUGCUUCAAUCUCUUACCAGAAGUCCAAGGUAGAUUCUAUUACACCUUGCAUACUACAACAAUGAGUGCUCCAUUCUAUACUAGUGGCAGGUACAGCAAUCCACAUCCAAAAUGGUCCGAAUUGGACUUGAACAAAGUCCAAAACACCUCGGCUUCAUGCAUAGUAUUAAGGAUAUGGCAGUGUGAUAUUGAAGAUUCAGAUAAAAUAGUUCUAACUUGGGGAGUACACUUCUCAGGAUUAGUUUACAUAGGAAAUAAGAUUGCUGAUAUUCAGCCACAUCAUUUUAAGAAUAACACUGUGAUAUUUUACAUGUUAGGAGGAUACUUUACUAGUCACCAUAUGAUUAGAACUGACUUGCAGAAGCCUGUACCUUUCCAUAGUUCCAUGAAUAUUUCAAAUAAGAACACAAAUGAAACAAGCGUGUGUAAAAGACUAGCUAUGAAAGUCAACAAGAAUGAAGUUCAUAAUAGUUACAAUAUUCAAAAAUUAAGGAAGUUGCAGUCCUUACAAUUGCAAAUAAAGAACAAGUGUGUGGAUGUACAGAAUAUUAGGGAUAAAAUCAAUGCAUUGAUAGGAAAUAAUGUCAGAGAAGACAAUACUAGUUCUGAGCCUGUUUCUAGUCCUAGCUCUACUGUCAGGUAUGCUCCACAACUGUUAACCAUGAACUCAUUGAAUAAAAUGUUACAGGAGAAACCUACAGGAGUCCAAAAACAAGAGAUGCAGAGGAUAAGCAAAAUUAUUGAAUUGGCAAGAUUUAGAACGCAAUUGCUUUCUCAAGAAAAGGAUAGAAAGACAGUUACUAUCCGACAGCUUAAGCAAACAUAUAUGCAAGUGAUUGAAGAAAAUGAUGAAAGAAAUUCUGAAUUGAUGGAAAAUUACCGGAAGUUGAGUAGGGGGGGAGAAAAAUUGAAGGACUACAAAAAAUCUGUAUCCCAACACAAAGAAUUGCACUAUCAUGUCGUUACCCGGCUUCAGCAGCGAAAAAGAGAACUUCUGCAAGGGCUUCUAUUUCUGUAUCCCAUAGAAAAGAAAGCUGACAACAAAUACAUCAUUCAUGGGGUACACCUCCCAAAUUCUGAUGUUCUGAUGACAGAUAAUGCAGAUCUUGGAGUAUCUGUAGCUUUGGGGUAUGUCACACAUGUGUUGAUUAUGAGUUCCGCAUUUCUUCAUGUACCUCUCAGGUAUCAACUGACCCAUUAUGGUUCUAGAUCUUAUAUUACUGACACUGUGUCUCCCUUGUUGCCAGAAAAAGAAAGAGACUUUCCUCUGUUCACUAAAGGCAAAGACAAGGCUCAGUUCACAUACGCUGUUUACCUAUUAAACAAAAACAUAGCCCAAUUACGUUGGCUGUAUUUUAUGAACACCAACGACCUCCGAGCUACACUGCAUAAUCUCCUAACAUUCCUACAAGGUCAACGAGAGCCCAAAACAGAUGCGCUAUUAUCACAAGAGGCCAGUACCAGCCACAAACCUGAAGUUCCUUCAACGAAAACCCAAAGAGCAAUCGGUACACCAAAUGAGAAAAAUGUUAGUUUACAUAGUCUGAAUGCAAAUUCCAAUAUAUCCGAUCCUGUUUUAGACAGUUUAAGACAGGAUAAUCAGGCGAUUAGAUUGUGCAGUCCAUCAAGAAGGCUUUCAGGCGUGAGGUCAAUCAGUAGACUCGGUAGUGGGGGGUUAAGCGAGGCUCUUGCUAUGCCGGAGGCUUAUUUGAAUAGGCAAAUUGGCGUGGAAGCACUUAGAAAUUUCAUAGUCGCAAAUGAUAAGGGUAGUACUACGGGUGAAGCUGCUAGUAGUGUUGAUAAUAAUAAACCCCAGUCAGCCUUCAGCAGUCUCAAAUCUAAUCUAAUAAAAAUAACGAAAGGCAAAGAAGCUAAACUUAUCUGUGAUAACGACAAGAAUGCAGCUUUGAAGAUCGAAAGAGGUCAUGAUCCUUUAAAUCCAGAUUCGAUCUUCUCGAACGCAUCUACAAAAUCAUUAGAGAUCCACUCAGACAGUCAAUUAAACAAGGAUGUAUCAGAAACAAGGAUCAGUCGAUCAAUGGAUACCUUCCAUGGCCCGUUACCAAUGAGAGUUGAAACGGAAGUCGGUUCUGAACCGCAACUCGAGAGGUUAUCAGAGAUAAAAAACAGGAUCAGUGUUUCUACGGAUAAUGAUGUGAUACAGUUUGAGGAUACAACAGACUUGGGUUCGGAACCCCAGUCAAAUAACGACUCAGAGACAACGAUCACUAGUGAUCAGGGUAUCCAAAAAAAUGCGGAUAAUGUCUCAUGUCAGUCACCUGUAGUCUCUUCUGAUGCAGAGAUAAAAUCGAAAACAGUGGCAUCUUAUACCGAACAGGAGGAUUCAAAUCAAAUGGAGUCUAAAUUAGAACCAGCCAAGGAACCACAGUUAGAUCAAACAGCAACUAACAGGUUACUGGAUAAUUCCUCGAUCUCGGGCAGCUCUUUGCAAACACAACUUGCAUCGAACUGUGCUGAAGGUGAAGAAGAAAUCGGAAAUGCCACCACUCAGAAAGAAUUCCUAGAGAAAUGGAUGCAAACGAUGCCCGUGGAAAACUUGUAUUUGGAAAAUAGUUUGAGCGCUUCUCCGGGUACUAGCUCUGGUGAAAAUCCGUUAACAGCGAGAACGGACGCUCUACUUAGUACAAAGUCUUUUAAUUUGGUUAAACCAAAAUAAAACAUAAUGUGGUAUAUUUAAUAAAAUGUGAAAUGGAGGAUGGUGGUUGCAACAGUAAUUAUUUUGAUUACUCAAAAUUGUUUUCCAAAGUCGUUGUUCAUCUCCGCAGCCAUAAGAUGAACAAAACGAAUACGCUAGCUUUUUAUGUGACUAUCAUGUUUUAACAUUAAAAAAAAGGACGGACGGAUUCUAUUAGUUGAGAUUCUCUUGCUUCAUGAAACAGUUCGUCAUUCGAUCGAUUUUUAAUCAAAAACCUUACCCACAUAGCCCAUUUCCUUCAAAUCGUAAUGUCCACUGUAACUGACAGGAACAAACAGAUAUGGUCAUUUAACCGCCAGCCAAAAUGGCCAUACGUCUCAUAUGAAAACGUCUGCCGUCAUUAAAUUAUAUUUACUGAUGCUCCCGCUUUCCACCAAAUUUACUGCAUUUUGUUAUUUUAUACCUUAUUUUUUGAAAAUGUGUACAAUAUUGAAACAGGGCCGUAAGUGAUAUACAACCAUUGACGUCUUACACAACAGUACUGAACACUAUUUUUCUCGAUAUUUAACGCAUUCUGACAUCUAUACCUUAGUACCUAAUUGUGUUAUUUAUAUUGCUUUCAGUUGUGAAUUUGUCAUUCAGUAGCGUAUCAGAAGUAUUUUCACCAAAUGUUCAUUAAAACUCACACACGUUAAAAGUCGUGGAGCCUUAGUAUUCGAUUUAUUUUCACCGUCAGUUCAUAAAGAUUACCGUGAUUAAAUCCAUUUUAACGUUAGACAUGGACCGCUGUGGCUUGUGUCUAUUCUAUUCAUGUACCAAUUUUUUGAUGCGUUUUUUUUUAAUCAGAGUUAUAUAUUUUUUGCACUUAAGUCAUUUAUUUCUUAAAUACUAAACUUAUACAACGUCUUCGUCAAACAAGGGUAGAACUUCAAUAGAAAUAAAAUAAGUUAUAAUGAUGACUUGUUCUGGAAUAGUCGAGGCAACAGUGAGAAUUCUCUUCGUAACUGUGACUUUUGAUACUUUAUUUUUCGGAAUUUCACAACUUGUGUUUUAUUAUAACAUCCUUUAUCGACUUAUUUCAGUUGUUUUUAUAGCCAGUGAAAUAUUUUUCAUAGGCCUCACCGUCGGUGUACUUCCAGGAAAAAUUCAUGUUUGCAAGUUGAACUGAACGUUUCGCACGUUAACUCCUUUUGAAAUUGCACGUAAAAUGCAUCUAAGCAAUUACAAUAUCUACAGGGUGGCCAAUAUAUAACUGACUGAUUUAAAUUGCGCGCCAUUUUUGAUCCACGCAUUUCAGCAGGUGGCGCCGUAGUAGUUGUUUGAAGCACA